AUUUGACUCAAUGAGCAAACCACUUGUGGACGUACUGCUGAACCCCAUUGAGCUCUUCCGCACAACUCUGCCGUCCGCACUCACGUUGGUUGCGGGUGUCGGCAUUGGUUACCUCUGUGGUCGAUUCCGCGCGCGUCCGUCGUUGAAGUACAUCGUGUAUGCACUGCCCGUCGCUUUGAUGUCGAUUGUGAACGUGGUGACAGAUCUUGGUGCGAUCAACACGGCGCUAUUUUCUAUGCUGGGACACUCCUUGGGCGACAGCGUUAUUGCCGUGGGCCUCACAGGCGGCAUCGCCACAGGAAAGAGUACCGUGUCUGAAGUGUUCAAGAAGUUCAACGGCGUGAUCAUUGACGCCGACGCUAUCGCGCGGCAAGUGGUCGAACCAGGAAAACCCGCGCACACGAAGAUCGUCGCCAUGUUUGGCAACGACGUUCUCAACGCUGACAAGACGAUUAACCGUCCCAUGCUCGGCAGCAUCAUCUUCAACAACCCAAGCAAGCGCCAGGCGCUGAAUUCGUGCACACAUUACUACAUCAUCAAGGAAAUGUUCUACCAAUUGCUCUACCAACGCAUCGUUAAACAGCGCAAACUCGUGAUCUUCGACGCCCCCCUCCUCUUUGAGACGAAGCUGUUGCAGUAUUUCUGCGGCCCCAUCAUUGUCGUGGCCUGCUCCGAAGCCGCAGAGCUCCAACGCCUCAUGGCCCGCGAUUCCCUUCCCCAAGACAAGGCGUUGGCGCGCAUCAAGUCGCAAAUGAGUAUUGAGGAAAAGGUCAAGCUGGCGGACGUGGUGAUCGACAACAACGGGACCAAGGAGGAGCUUGAGGUUGCUGCGGAAGCCACGUUGCGCUCCGUCGCUGCGAGCAUUGGCGCUGCCAGCGAGUUUAAGCGUGUCGUGUUCCCCAAAAAAGACUAGAAGCCGUUAUCGUCUCGUCGUCAUAUCUCCAUUGAAUCCCAGCCAUCCAUUUCUGUCGAUUGAACAGUACUCGACAGACUAUUCCAAA